AUGGACCACAAGCGCAAGGCUCUGAACGACGACCUACCCAGUCCGAAUGGGAUAUCACGAAAAAUAUGGGUGAUGUCAACAGAUCCCCCCCUUCCACCUCCAGCUACUCCACAUGACGAUUAUUCGCCGCGAGAUACGACUGGAUGUCCAGCCUGGUUUGGCAGCACGGCAAAUAAAGGCGAAACGGAAUUUCCCGAAGCGAAGCGAAUAAAAAACGAGAACUAUACAUCCCGUCACGAAGUUGCAAUCCCCGACGAAAGCGACAGCGAACUCCACUCUGCCACGCCCUUAGACUCCUCUCCCACCCGGAGCGAAGACGAAUAUUCCGAGCCCGAGUCAUACCCUAAGCCCCAAGCACUAUUUCCACCCCCGAUGCUCUUCCCCGUCGAUUUCCCGAAUUCCGAGCGCGCGUCGAAGAGACGAACGAAGAGGAAGCGGGCUCGAGAUUCGGACGACGAAGACCAGAAUUAUGUCGAUGGUCCGAACAGCGAUGUUGAUGAAUACGAUUUUGAUGCGCCGGGCGUUAUUGAAAGAGCGGAGCGCGACGAUGUCGUUUUCAUUCUGAGCAGAGAGAAAGCAAAGCGCAUGGCGCAGGCUGUCAAGGUACCCGAGGAUACGAAGAUGGGCAACGAAGAGAAGAGUCUAUAUCUUGAUCUCGCCACCCGUGGCUGUUAUCCAGUGCUGCCAUCGGAUUGGAAGAAGGACUUUGCGACGCUUCCGGAAUCUCUUUUUCCAACUGGAGACGAAGAAAUCGACGAAAGCAAUUUUCCCUUUGCGGUACAAAAGGGAUCGAAUUUCUACGCUAUUACAGCCUUGCACGAGAUUCUCAAGGUACCCGGCCGUGUACGAGAUUGCAGAUUGUUGACGGUACGUCCACAAGACGUUGUGAAAAGGGCUAUUCGGAGGUACUUGCGCUGGGCCAUGACCGACGCCGGCCUGAAGAAGAAGUGCAAGACCACGGCCGUUUACAAGAUUGUCGUCCAGGGACAAAAAGAAAGUACUCUACAGGUGGUUCAGAGAGUAAUUGCCAGGCUUGAGCGUCUUGCCAAGAAACACCAAGACAUGUACAAUGGUACUAAAGAUCCUUACUGGCCGACUUUGGUUGCGUUCUGUCUGUGUGGUCCCAUCGUCACUAUCCUCUCUGUGGAUACGGAUCCGGGAUCUGCCACCUGGGUGGAGGAAAAUUCUAAUUAUCAUGCCAAGUACAUGGGUCAGUUUGACAUGUCAGAGGACGAUCAAGAUGUCUGGAAUUCGCUUGCGCUGGCAAUUGCCGUCAUUCAUAUAAGGCGGACUAUGGCACGGCUUGCUGAUCAAUAUCCCAACAAGGAUGGGGUUGCUCAGAGGCGACGACAGGGGGACUCUACGGAUGACGAGGAUUUGUGA